UGAAAUGUUGCAGGUUGUAGAGAAGCAAGGCGGAUCCUCCCUAUCACCGAAGAUGGUUCCAGAAAGUGGAGGUGUUCGGAACAAAGUGGUGUUAGGCAUGGCGGAGGUUCACAGCAUGACAGCCAAGAAGAUUACGAGUAUGACUUAAUGGAAGGUCUCAGUUCUGAUGAGGAGGAAAAUAUCAAAAUAUCGAAAGUGAAGUUUAGUCGUGAACCGAUCAAAGUGUUUUCAACAUGGGCUACAUUUGAAUAUGACCGACGCAACGAGGAUGUCGAUCCUGUGGCAGCUUCAGCUGAAUACGAGCUGGAAAAAAGAGUCGAUCGAAUGAAUGUAUUUCCUGUGGAAUUACAGAAAGGUCACGAUGGGCUUGGAUUGAGUAUUAUUGGUAUGGGAGUUGGUGCUGAUGCUGGUCUAGAAAAGCUUGGUAUAUUUAUCAAGACAUUAGCACCCUCGGGAGCCGCUCAGCGAGAUGGCAGGUAAGUAAAGAAUCUUUGG